AUGAAAAGCCUCCGCAACGAGGAUUUCCGGAAGCUUCUCGACACUCCCGCCGACCCGCAUCGCUUCGGCGGUGCCGUAAAAGCCCAACAGCCGGCCCCGAAUGCUGAACAAAAGAAGGCAAAGCCCAAAAAGUACUAUCGCCCUCACGCCAAGCCGAAGCCCAAGGAGGAGCCCGCGCCCGGUGACGAGGAUGACGCCCAUUUGAAGGAGAUUCUGGGCAAAUAUCGCGACCGCGCAGCCGAACGCCGCCGGAAUGAGGAUGCGGGGGGCAUCGAAGAGGACACCGGCUACGGCUACCAUGCGGUGCCAAGUGACAAGCGCGACGCCAGAGAACAAGCCCGAGAGCGCUACCGCGCCAUCCAAGAAUCGAAAUACCUGGGCGGCGAUCUGGAGCACACGCAUCUCGUGAAAGGACUUGACUAUUCGCUGUUGAAAAAGGCUCGAUGUGAAAUGGCGACGAGAGAGGCUGCAGCUAUAGAGGAUCCACCCGCCCUCGAGGAAGCGCCGGUUGUCGAGGAGAAGAGCAAGAAUCGCAUGGUGUUGGCGCUUAAUCAGCUUCUGUUUGAGGACACAACUCCUAAAACCAACCCCUACUUUGCCAAGCAGCUCCUCACCUACAUGGUCGAAAUCGACGCCGACAAUGACGCGCUCCCGACGCCUGUUUUCAAGUCCGUCACCGAGGCCCGGGUGAUGAACAUGAAUCGGAACGCUGAGGCUGACAUGACGCUCAUCGCCAAGAUGAGCCAAUUGCUCAACUACGCCCGCGCCGCCAACGUUGAGAAGCCGAAGAAGAGGCAGUCAAAUGUACCCUCGCUCAGCGACGAGCAGCUGGCCACCAAAAAUGAGGACAUUUUCGAGGGCGUCGGCGAGUACAAGCCAAUCGUUGUCCCGGCUGCUGAGGAGAAGGGAAGAAAAUCGGCUCCAAAAUCGCGGGAAGCUGAAGAAGAUCGGAGGUCAAAGCGCCGCGACGAGGAGCGAGAUCGGGGCGAUCGUCGUCGAGGAGAACGAGGGCAAGAUCGAGACCGACGACGCGAGCGUGACGAUCGCCGAGAUCGUGAUGAUCGUGAUUCUAGAAAAGAAGAAGAACGCCGUCGUGCCGAGCGCGAAGCCGACCGUCUUGAGGCCGUCGCCGCCGAGCAAAAGCAGCGCAUGGCCGAGCGGAUCGCCAAGCGCAGAAAGGAGGCCGAGACGGGAUCGUUGGCGGAAUACGCGGAGUGCUACCCGGGCGGGAUGGCCGAGCUCGGGAUGAGUGACGACGAUGCCGGAACGGCGCUGAUCACCUCCUCGAAGAAGCCGAAGAACACGAGCGUUUUCGAGGUGGUCGGCCAAGACGCCGAUUACACCAAUUCACGUGGCGACAAGGAAAAUGGGCAGAAAAAGCCGAACCGCGCAAAAGAAGACCGACGGCUCGACCGGGAGCUCGACAAAAUCAACCAAAUCAUCGAGAAGCGCAAGGGAGGCGCCGAGGAAGUCGGCUUCAAACGCCCGCGCUAC